CUUGUCUCUGCUGUUCCUGGAUAUCACUUCGGCCUGCACAGGGUGACAGUGGAUGGGAACAGGAGAGACCGACCUGUUGUUAUCUCGUCGUUCAGGUGUAACGCGGUUUACUGCAGACUGUAGCGGCCACGACAGGUUCACGACCACUGACGGUUAAACCAGACGACGGCGGAGAGUCCCUAUGGCGGCCGUUAGCAGUAUGAGAAAAAUGUAUGGACUGUGUUUCCAUGCAGUUCGCCAGACGGCAGGACGGAAGGCUUCGAGGCUGCUUCAGCACAGAGCCUUCAGAGUCAGUGCCGUGCACCAGCAGCAGCCCUUUGACUCAUCUCUGGAAAAGCCACAGUUCCCUGGAGCCUCAGCAGAGUUUGUGGAUCAUCUGGAGUUCAUUCAGCCCAAUGUCAUCUCCGGGAUCCCGGUGUACCGGGUGAUGGAUAGGCAGGGCAAUAUCAUAAACCCCUCUGAAGACCCUCAGCUCUCCAAAGAGACAGUUUUGAACUUUUAUCAGAAGAUGACUCUGCUGAACACAAUGGACCGCAUUCUUUAUGAGUCUCAGAGACAGGGUCGGAUCUCCUUCUACAUGACUAAUUAUGGUGAGGAGGGGACUCAUGUUGGUAGUGCUGCUGCUCUCGACCCAACUGACCUGGUGUUUGGUCAAUACAGAGAAGCUGGAGUGCUGAUGUAUCGUGGUUUCCCCCUCGAUCUCUUCAUGGCUCAGUGUUACGCCAACGCCGACGACCUGGGGAAGGGCCGCCAGAUGCCCGUCCACUACGGCUCCAGAGAUCUCAACUUUAUCACCAUCUCGUCUCCUCUGGCCACACAGCUUCCCCAAGCUGCCGGAGCUGCAUACGCGUUGAAGAGAGAAAACAUGAACCGUGCUGUGAUCUGCUAUUUCGGAGAGGGAGCGGCCAGCGAAGGGGACGCACACGCCGGAUUCAACUUCUCUGCCACGCUCGAGUGCCCGCUGAUAUUCUUCUGUCGCAACAAUGGCUACGCCAUCUCCACCCCCACCAACGAGCAGUACAGGGGAGACGGCAUCGCUGCUCGUGGGCCCGGUUAUGGCAUGCUGUCCAUACGUGUCGAUGGAAACGACGUGUUUGCUGUGUACAACGCAACAAAGGAGGCGAGACGCAGAGCUGUAGCUGAGAACCAGCCCUUCCUCAUUGAGGCGAUGACCUACAGAAUCGGCCACCACAGCACCAGCGACGACAGCUCGGCCUACCGUUCGGUGGACGAGGUGAACUACUGGGACAAGCAGGACCAUCCCAUCUCCCGGCUGAGACACUACAUGACGACCCGCGGCUGGUGGAGCGAGGACGACGAGAGGAGCUGGCGGAAACAAUCCCGCAAGACGGUGAUGGAGGCGUUCGAGAGGGCCGAGAAGCGCCUGAAGCCCAACCCCGAGCUGCUGUUCACCGACGUGUACCAGGAGAUGACGCCCGGCCUGAGCAAGCAGAGAGAAUCCCUGUGGAGACACGUGCAGCAGUACAAAGAGCACUACCCGCUCGACCUGUAUGACAAAUAACUGCGGAGAAAGGAUGGAACCAGUUGUGAUUUGGUGAACAAACAUGGGAGCGGGUGACAAAUGAGACUGGGAGACACACCUUAUACUGUAUUCACAAAAUGUAAUUGUGGUAUUUCUUUCUGCACAAUAGAGAAAUACAGGUGAAAGAUUGUGCUUUCAAAAAUUCUUCAUGCCUCUGGGUUCGGUGCCUUAAGUUAAUAGAUUAACUGUCAGUGAAGCUCUUCAGUAAAAACUAAACUCGCUCCUUUUGUUUGACAUAAAUUCCAGGAUUUCGAGAAAUAAACUGGUGUAAUUUAAAUGCGUUAUACAUACAAAAUAAACACGCAAAUCUAGCAAUAACUGGUGGAAGUUUACUCCAGGCUGUUAAUGUUCCCCUCUUCUGUCAUUCUGGUGUUUAACAGGUUUCCUUGUGUAUCAUUGAGGUGACUGAUUUAACUUGUGUUUGGACACUUUCCUAUUUUAGCUGGGUUUUUUCUUCUUAGUGUACGCACCCAAAUUUUAGAUGGGUUGGUAUGCUGUUAUGCUGUUACACAUCACUUGAAAUCCCAACACUGUACACUCGUCUAGUUUAUAUUGGAGUUGGUGUUUUGUGGAAAGAAAAUAAACUGUGGAACUUC